GCCAACAGAACGAUAGUGGCAGGCUGCAGUUGUGCCACGGGACCGCCAAGCUCAUGAUUUUGUUGGUCCUGCGUGAGAUUGCCUUGGCUAUCCCGCCCCGCAGAAGCAUCAACCUCGUCGAUGACCUCACGCCACACGUGAUGGGCGGGCCCCAGACCUCAGCAAGGCACUCCAUCGAGGCUCACAUGAAGGUCUCCAUGCACAUGCAGACGGUCCUCCUCACGAUCAGUUGGCAGAAAACGAACUUCAUGACCUCCACACCUGAGGCCCUGCAGGCGCUCCUCGAGGAUCCCGAGUGGGAGGACCUGGGCCAAGAGCACCACGCGAUCUCGCACGGGGACCUCCGAUGGGGACUCGAGCAAGGGAAAGCAGCGGGGAAGCUUUUCGAGAUGGGCUCUGGUUCUGCGGUGGAGAGGUUCUUUCGUGCCAGACCCUUAGCCAAGGCCACAAGGGUUACCAUGGUGACGGGCCUCGCAGAUACCACUCUGAGGAAGCUCCGUGUUCAGGCUGCCAAGGCUGCGGGGCAGCUGCACCCAGGCACCGCUUUGGGUUUCAAGUUCCUCCUGGACCCGUUCCUGGCUCGGAAGCGCCCCCUCGAGAUCACCACAGGCCAGGCCUUGAAGGACUUCGCGUGUGUCCUCUGGAAUCGACAGGUCUCUUGGGAAGUCUUGGAGGCGUGCUUCCUGGUGGCUUAG